AUGGUGAAUACUACUACUACUCAAAAAGUGCUCCUCGUCGCUUUUUCGGUUGGGUUUGUUUUGUGCGAGUAUCGUUGGUAUCACGCGAAGGAGAAGAAAAGAGUCGAGGGGAUUUUUCCUAAGGAUGAUGAUGAUGACGGCGUAAAAGUCAACAAAGCGAAGAAGACGACUCCUGCUGAGAAGAAGAAGAAACAGAAACGGGAACAAAAACAGAGCUUUUGGAAAGAAGAGACGGAGGAGAGCGAGAGUGAUAACGACGACGACGAUGAUUCCGUGCGGAUUUUUUACGCGAGCACGAGCGGCAACGCGAGAUCUUUAGCGCAAAAGUUAGGCGCCGAUUUAGACCGGACGGUUAUCGAUUUGAGCGAAGUGCUCGAACCGGAGAAGACGUUCGCGAACGAAGAAGAAGAAGAAGAAGGAAUACUAAAAAUGGAAAGAAAAAAGGUGCUGAAAUGCGCAAUUUUUGUCGUCUCGACGACGACUGGGGGCGAAAUCGCGUCCGAGUGUAAACAUUUCAUGAAAUGGUGCGAAGAGCAAGCGUACGACGAACGCGCCGGGUGGUCGUAUUUGAAGGAGCUCAAAUUUUGCGUCUUUGGCGUGGGCGAUUCGCAAUACGAGGAGAACUUUAAUCGAGCGGCGAGAAUGAUCGAUAAACACUUCGCGAGGAUGGGCGCGGAAAGAAUUUUGAGGAAAUUCGACGGGGACGAAAGCAGCGAGGUGGAGAUGAAAACGCAGUUUGAGAAGUGGACGGAGAAGUUGAAAGGGAGAGUGUUUCCGCCGACGACGGCGGAGAAGAGGAGACAGAAAAAGAAGAAGGAAGCUGAUGAAGAGAAUGUAAAAGAAGAAGAUGAAGUAGAAAACGACGACGACGAUGAGGAGGAGGAGGAUGAAGUGGAUCGAUCGGACACGGAAAGUUACUUUUCUGGAUCCGAGGACGAUAUGGACGUGGAAGAUGUCGGGGGCGAUGGAAGCGCGCGCGAUCCAAACGCGCCGAAACCGGAAAUGGUCACUCCGAAGCUUCGCAAAGCGUUGACAAAGCAAGGGUACAAGAUUCUCGGGACGCACUCGGGUGUGAAGUUGUGCAGAUGGACGAAAGCAAUGUUGAGAGGUCGAGGCGGGUGUUAUAAGCACGCGUUUUAUGGGAUCGAAUCGCACCGGUGCAUGGAAACUACGCCGUCGUUGGCGUGCGCAAAUAAAUGCGUGUUUUGUUGGCGACAUCACACGAAUCCAGUCGGAAAGGAAUGGAAAUGGGAGAUGAAUCCCGCAGAAGAUAUCGUGAACGAUGCGUUAGGGCAGCAUCGCAAAAUGAUCAACGAAAUGCGCGGCGUGCCUGGCGUCACCGAGGCCAAGUUGCAAGAAGGCAUGGAUCCGAGACACUGCGCGUUGUCGCUCGUCGGGGAACCAAUAAUGUACCCGGAAAUCGGCAAAUUCGUUUCGUUACUCCACGAGAAGCGCAUAUCGACAUUUUUAGUCACCAACGCGCAGUUUCCGAAAGCCAUCGAAGAUUUACCGCCAAUCACGCAGCUGUACGUCUCCGUAGACGCGGCGACGCCGGAGACGUUGAAGGCGAUCGAUCGUCCGUUACAUAGCGAUUAUUGGGAUAGAUUCGUAGGUUCUUUGAGUAGCCUAAAAACAAAACCGCAAAGAACGGUGUACAGAUUAACUUUAGUCGCCGGUUGGAACUUAGCCGAAGCCGAAGAAUACGCGAAACUGGUGAAACUCGGCGAACCGGAUUUCAUAGAGAUUAAAGGCGUAACGUAUUGCGGCUCGAGCGAUAAGAGCGCGAGCGCGUUGACGAUGAAGAACGUUCCGUAUCACGAGGACGUGGUGAAAUUCUCCCAAGAAAUUUGUCGAUUGACAAAUAUAGAGCAGGAAGAAAAAGGUGCUUCCUCGUACGAGCUCGCUUGCGAACACAGUCACUCGUGUUGCGUCUUGCUCGCGAGAACGAAAGAUUAUAAAAUCGACGGAGAAUGGCACACUUGGAUUGAUUACGAAAAAUUCCAAGACCUGGUCGCCAAAGGCGAGCCUUUCGAAGCGAAGGAUUACAUAUGUAAAACUCCCGAAUGGAGCGUGUUUGGUGCGAAAGAAGGCGGCUUUGACCCGAACCAAACUCGCGUGAGAAAAAUUAGAAACCAUCCCGCGAAGAAUACUACUACUACUUAA